UCUGAAGCAGAUCGCACAGCUGACUGGCCCUUUAAAAGCGUUCGUUGGUUUCCGGAACCCUUCGUGCUCCAGCCCCUCCACUCGUUCAGUCAGUGGCAGCAGAUCCGCUGAUGACAAAGUGAAGCAGCAGCAGAAGAAGCAGGUGGCGGCACCUUAUCUCUCUGAGUCGACAUGCAAGCCAUUAAAUGCGUGGUGGUGGGCGACGGUGCGGUGGGUAAGACAUGUCUGCUCAUCAGCUACACCACAAAUGCCUUCCCUGGAGAGUACAUCCCCACUGUCUUUGACAACUACUCAGCAAAUGUGAUGGUGGAUGGUAAACCUGUCAAUCUGGGCCUCUGGGAUACAGCGGGACAAGAAGACUAUGAUAGGCUCCGCCCCCUGUCCUACCCUCAGACGGAUGUGUUCCUGAUAUGCUUCUCUCUGGUCAGCCCUGCCUCCUUUGAGAACGUCCGAGCUAAGUGGUAUCCAGAGGUUCGUCACCACUGCCCAAACACACCCAUUAUCCUGGUGGGCACCAAGCUGGAUCUGCGGGACGACAAGGACGCCAUUGAACGACUGAGAGACAAAAAGCUCUCUCCAAUUACCUACCCACAGGGUCUGGCCAUGGCCAGGGAGAUCGGUGUGUACAGAAUGUGCAGUCAAGUACCUGGAGUGCUCUGCUCUGACGCAGCGAGGGCUGAAGACAGUCUUUGACGAGGCCAUCCGAGCUGUGCUUUGCCCCCCGCCUGUCAAAAAGGGAGGCAGGAAGUGCACAGUGUUCUGAGGGGGAGGACAAUGGAGAUAAUGUCACCAUCACCAGGAUGGACGUGUCUUUGGUCAAGCUACUCAAGCCAUACAGGAACUGAUUUGAAACACAACCUAUACCUGCGGUGUACAGAAGAAGUAUGUUUCCUGGUAAAAGCCGGCUGAUGAGUUAGUCAUGGCAGAUUUUGGCCUUUGUUUUGGGUUCAAAGUUAAAUUCUGUGUGAUUUAUGCCUUAAAAGAAUGAUUUUAACAUAUGAUGGCCUGUCUUCGAUAUUAGGACAAAGAUGAAAGAAGGACUUAAGCAAAAAUAUCUUGCACUCUCUUGUUAACCUGUAAUUAAAACACAAAUGUUUUACAAAACAAGGACAAAGACCAAAUGUGUAUCCUCCUUUGCGCCCCAUACAUUUUACAUCAUUAUGUAAGCUGCUUUACAUGAAGAAUAUUGUUCUGUAAUUUACUUAUCUUUGUGUUUUUUGCACUUUCAAUUAAUAACAUGAAAGUGUCUGUGAUAGUGGGUAUGUAAAUAAUGUAGAGUGGGUGGAAGAUAAAUCAACAAACAGUUUUUUGCCUUAUAGAUGUUUCUUCAUGUACAUAUACAUAAACACCUUUGGAGUUACAGGCAUAAACACUGUUGCAGCCAAAUCCAAUGCAAUUGAAGUAACUGGGGACCACUUCUCAAAUGUAAAAAAACAACAGACGAAAAAACAUAAAUGCCUCCAUACUG